AUGCUCCGCCGCUUUGCCUUCCUUCGCAACCACCGCGAGAACAUCAUUCGGAUCUUUCGCGAGAUGGCCGAUUUAAACAACGCCUUAGGGGAGAAGUACAAGGUCGUCAGCUACAGCCGCGCGAUCGAGAGCCUGAAGACGAACCUCGACAAGCCGCUGGACAGCCCGGCCGACCUGAAGGCCUUCUCGGGCUUCGGCGCGAAGCUGCUCAAGAAGGCCGACGAGAUCAUGGCGACCGGCAAGCUGGAGGAGCUGGAGAGCAAGACGAAGCCGAAGCUGAAGGCGAUUCAGGAGCUGACGCAGGUCCACGGCUUCGGCCCCCGCGCCGCCGCCGCGCUUUUUGACCGGGAGGGCAUCUUCACCGUGGACGAGCUCCUCGCCCGGGCCGACCGCAUCCCCUCGCUGACGGACCAGCAGCGGGUCGGCAUCAAGUACUUCUACGACAUCAACGAGAAGAUCCCGAUGCAGGAGAGCGUGCAGCACGAGAACCACCUCGCGGCGCAGUGCGCGGUGCUGCUGGGGAGCGAGUAUGAGGUGCAGAUCUGCGGGAGCUACCGCCGGCGGCACCCGUUUAGCGGCGACGUCGACGCGAUUCUCUCGCGCACCCGCGAGGCCCCGGCGCUGGCCGAGCCCGUCGCGGCCACCGGCGUCCUCUCGCACUUCGUCGACCACCUCGGGGGGCUGGGCUACCUGGAGGCCACGAUGGCCCAGGGGCCGCUGAAGUACAUGGGGAUGGGCCGCCUGCCCCCGCGCGUCGUGCGGGAUAAGGCCGGCAACGAGAACCAGAAAACGUACAAAGCCCGCCGCGUCGACAUUCGGCUCAUCGAGACCAAAAGCGUCCCGACCGCCCUGCUGACCUUCACCGGGAGCAAAAACUUCAACGUCAUCAUGCGCCAGGCCGCCAUCGGCAAGGGCUACUUGCUGAACGAGUACGGGCUCUUUAAGCUCGGGACCCCCGAGGAGGCCCGCGAGCUCUACGAGAAGCUCGGCGUCCGCGGGAAGAACGCGGGGGAGGAGCUCGGCGUCCCCAAGGACGAGCUCGAGGACAAGCGCGUCCCCGUCACGUGCGAGCAGGACGUCUUCGACGUGCUGGGGAUGCCCUACGCGAGGCCGGAGAACCGCGACCCGUAA